GGUCCCAUAAAUCAAAUUUUUUACGAUGGUCGAAGAUUAAGUUCUUUGGUUCCGAUUCCUUUGAAAAUUCAAAUUCCUAGUUCUGGACCGAAGGAAAUUGGUGAAUUUCUUGCCGAUGUUAUUCAUUUUUUAUGGAAAAAAUCUAAAUUCAAUUCGAACUCUGUAAUUAAUCAUGAAUAUUUGAAGAAAUAUUGUAAAGAGUUAUUGGAAUUAACCAGAUUGUCAUUUACCACAGUAAUUAUUUCUAUCAGGUUAUUUCAAAAAUACUUAAUCGUUGCUGAUAAUGACAUUAAUUAUGGUUUUAUUGAAACAUAUCUGGUUUCAUUAAUACUCGCCGAUAAAUAUCACAACGAUCACAAAUUUUCAAAUAGAACAUGGGCGGAUAUUACCAAAAUCAAAUUUAUGAAAAUUAAUGAAAUGGAAUUAACAUUUUUAAAAUGUUUUAAUUUUCAAAUUUAUUUAAAUGAAGAAGAUUUCAAAUAUUGGCUCGAUUAUUACUUGAUCAAUUAUCUUAAAGCUCAACUAUUACUGAACAUGAAUCCUCCGACAUAUAUUGAACCAAUCAAAAAAGAUAUUCAAGAUUUAUCUAAUUUAAUUAUUAUUAAGAAAGAAGAGAUAUCAUUUAAUAAAUUGCACCUGGUUCCGUCUACGAUCAUUAUUGAACAUUUUAAAAUCAAAGAAAAGGUUAACAAAAUUAAGACAAUUGCUUCACCUCAUACGUAUCCUCGUCCAUGUUUUCAUCCUUCCCCUCUUCUUCGAUCUAACAAUUCCUGUAACAAUUUCCCGAAACAAAGCCUUAGACAAAAAUAUCCAUCUAGAUUUCAGUUUUACCCCACUAUUUGCUAA